UUCAAAUAGGAUUAUCUUUGUGUUUAUGACCUCAUUAAGAACAUUUAAAAACUGCUUUUUUUACUAGAAAUGGAGGGGGUUGUAACUUACCAGGAUACUUAACGAAGGGUUUGUUAGUAAUUAUUUCAUUUCCUGUGGUUGUGUUGUUUUGACUGGUUCAAGCCGUCUCAUUUCCUGAUGGAGGAUAUAGCUAAUGUACCGAUAAGAAAACGCGGAAGACCGGCCGGCAAAUGUCGCAAGCCUUUAAAUCGGGAGCAGAGAAAAGCGCGCAAUGCACAAUAUGAAAGAGAAAGACGUGGUGAAAUCGCUGAAGCAACGUCUCAGCUGAUGGAAGCCAUAGGAUUAGAUGCCUCCUCCUCUGUAUCAGUAUCAAAUUUAUUGAACAUCGCGUUGGACCACAUAAAGAAUAAGUUGACCCCAACACAAUCUAUAGAAACUUUAAGAAAGAGAAACGACGAUUUGUGUAAAGAAAUACAAGACUUAGAAAAUUUAUUGUCAAAACAACAAAAGAAGCAAAAGAAAGAUUCAAGUUCGAGUAAAACAAAUAAACGAGGAAUAAAAAGGAAAGCCGAAAACGAACCACCGUCUAAUAUAAUUGAAGAACAAGAUAAUAAGAGAUUUGUGGAAAAAUCUGAAUACGAUUUUGAGAUGGAAUCUGACGAUCUAUGGAGUUGUUUGGGCUGAUUGCAAAAACAAACGAUUUGGAACGACUUACCUGCUUGAAUACCACAUAAACUGACUGACUGUGAUGUAGUCUGACCAGGAAAACCUAACAUAAGGGCGCAACCAUCAACUGCUCGCACAUCGCCUUCUUCAUUACUUUAGUAUGUGAAGAAAUAUGGUGAGAUGUUUUAUGUUUCUGAUCAAGCUAUUACAAUUAUUUCAAAUGUAAAAAGUGACGCAUGAUGAUUCAAAAGUUUAACCUAUUUUACUAGGGAGAUAGUGCAAU